AUGGACGCCGAACAGAUCCGUCAACUCGUCGAGACGGCAGUGGCAAAUGCGGUAGCAGCCACGUUGCAGAACCAAAACGUCCUUGAUGCUCUGCGCCCACCGCAACCGGUGCCUCCGCCACCGCCUCCUCCAGUCGCAUUCGCAAUCAACCCAGCUGGAGCCGGAAAUCAACCAUGGGAUUUUACGUCAGCGACGGGAUUGAAGAUCUUUAUCGCGUCGACUACACCUUUCAAGAUUCUCUACGACGGAAAUCAAACUGGACUUCGGGACUUCUUGCGAAAGAUCUUUCAACGUGCCGAAUCAUACGGAUGGACCACCAUCUUGAUGAUCAACAAUUCACAAGGAGUGAGCAAGAACAUCACCACGCAACAUGGAAGUUUGACUGUGGCAAACGUGAGAGCUCACGCGAUAACUUACUUGAGACAGCAACAGCGAGAGCAUCAAGCCUCGGCAUGUCUGCGCAAACUCAUUGCGUCGAUCACUCCGAAGCUGGCCAAUCGACUCACAACACGUGUUGACAACUACCUUGUAAACAUAGCCCAGCCAGCUGCAGACGGUGCUCCAGAGCCAGACCCCAUCAUCAAGGAAGACGGGACGUGUAUGCUUUUCGAGCUCAUUAGGAUGGUAUCUGUCGAAACUAAAGCAACCGUAUCGGUCCUCAACAAGAAACUGAUGAACCUUGACUCAAUCAUGGAGAAGGCCAAGUCCAACAUCGAAGACUUCAACUUCAUCGUCGAGGACCUGAUUGAUCAACUGGAGUCACGCAGUGUGGAACCACCACCAAUGCUGCUCAGCCUGUUCGAUGGAUAUGCGAACUACGCCGAUGUGGCAUUCGUCAAGUACAUGGCUCGGAAACAAGAUGCAUAUGAGGAUGGUUCUCUUGAGCUUCAGUACGAGACCCUGAUGCACAUCGCUCUUGAGAAGUACAAAGCGAUGAUCAACAAGGACAGUUGGAUGAAGAAGUCAGACGAACAGCUCGUGAUCAUCGCUCUGAGGUCCAAGAUGGAAGACGACAAGCUCGAGAUCAUCGCCCUCAAGUCAAAGGUCAACAUGAUCCACAAGCCAGACUCCAAGCAAGCUUCCGACAAAGGAGCGGCGAAGAAGGACGAUAGGCAGUCCAGGUACGCCGACAAGUAUGCCUGGAAGAUGGUGGAACCAAAGCAGGGCGAGCCACAUGAGAAGACAGUCAAUGGAAAGACGUACAUUUACUGUCCGUACCAUGAUACAACAAAGUGGGUCCUCAGAGUCAAUGACAAAGGAAUCGACCACAAGACUGGAUGCACCAAAAAGAAAGAAGCCAUUGCGGCUGGACAGGAGCAGGCAGGAGGGUCUGCGGCUCACGCCUUGGCCAACGCCUUGGCCAACACGAUGAACGGCGUGGGAACAGCCACCGUGGAUGACAACCCCUGA